GCGAUAUUUGCAGAAUAUAAAUCUCUCUAAGGCUGAGAGUUUCUUCUUCUUCCUCCUCCUGCACUGAUUGCCCUGAGCUGCUCACACACCAUCAGCUACACAAUGUCUUCUGGAAAUGCAAAAAUUGGCAAACCUGCUCCAGAUUUUAAAGCCAAUGCAGUGAUGCCAGAUGGACAGUUUAAGGAGGUGAAACUCUCAGACUACAAAGGAAAGUAUGUGGUGUUCUUCUUCUACCCCCUGGAUUUCACCUUUGUCUGCCCUACGGAAAUCAUUGCUUUCAGUGACCGCGUGGAGGACUUCAGGAAACUCGAUUGUGAAGUUAUUGCUGCCUCUGUGGACUCCCAUUUCUGCCACUUGGCUUGGACCAACACCCCACGUAAUGAUGGUGGUCUGGGUGCCCUGCAAAUCCCCCUCGUGUCAGAUACACUACGCACGAUCUCCACGGAUUAUGGUGUUCUCAAGGAAGAUGAAGGCAUUUCCUAUCGAGGUCUAUUUAUAAUUGAUAGCAACGGAAUCCUGAGACAGAUCACCAUUAAUGACCUGCCCGUUGGCCGUUCUGUGGAUGAAACUCUGAGGCUUGUACAAGCAUUCCAGCAUACAGACAAAUAUGGGGAAGUCUGCCCAGCCGGUUGGAAACCUGGGAACGACACAAUCAAGCCAGACAUCAAAGAAAGCAAAGAAUAUUUCUCCAAGCAAAAAUAAAAGCCGAAAAUGUUCGCAGUCUUAACUAGUUCUCACCUCGCCUGUCUAUCUAGUGUUUAGGAGGAAGAAAAGGGUAUUGGUGAUCCAUUUUCCCAAAACCAAGUGUUAGUUGUGCAAGUAUUGCUGCUUAAAGAUGGUCCCUUCUAAAUGUGUGCCAGGGGUUGACGCACUUUGAGACCUUCAGUAAGAUAGAAGUGAUACUGAUUUUUUUUUUUUUGUUACUAAAUUUUGGGCAUUGCUGCACAAGGGCACCCUUUUUUGUGUAGGAACAUUCCUCUUGACCUUAACUACUUUUUCGAGUUUUGUAAAAAUUAAAGUUCUAAGUGGUAUAGAA